UCUUUGUUAGGCAUUAUCCUUUUAGUUUGUGGUUUUAGUUACAACAGUAAACACGUGCAUUUUCCUUCCAUUAAGUAAUUUUAGCAAUUGCAGAAUUAUUUAUUGUAUAAUGUCAAAGGAUUUAACGAUGUUUGGAAUUAUCGUAUCUGGUCGUUUAGUUUUAUUGGAAUGGUUGGCGAUAUGAAUGACUACACCUACUUCUACUCCUUGUUCGAUAUAAUUACUAUUCAAAGCGGUCUAGACCUUUUGACCCAUCUUGUUUCUAUGCAAAAAAUACUAACUUAGUACGUGAAAAUAAGAAUCCAACAAAAUGUGAGGAGUGGUCGAAGACUUUUCUACUUUCAAAAAUCCUGUGAUUUUUUUCUUAUUUUUCCUUGCCAAUCACUUCCUGCCGAAUCAUUACAGACAGUUAUUUAUUAUUCCUACAAAUUUUUUUAAAGUGGGACAUCGUCCUUUCAAGUUUUUAUUAAGAAAAUGCUGCUUAAAUUUCUAAUUUUUUUCUUCUAGAAUAAGCCAAAACUGGAAAAAUUUACGAACAAAACUGUUUUUUUUUUCUUCAUUUGCGGUUCUUUAGAGAAUUCUUCAUUUACUGACGUAUUUUAAUAUGUAAAUUGUAACUUUAAUAUAAUUUAUUUUCUCAUCAGAUCAGUUGAGUUGUUGUUCAUGAUUGUUGGACUAGGAGAAUAAUGCAAACAAAGGAAAACUAAACAUUUUGAUUACCAUAAAGGACUGAAAGAAAUGGUGGACACAAAUGUUUUACGCAUGAAUGAUACUCAGUUUCUGGUUACUGUUCCUGAUGCGGACAACGUCAAUCAUAUUGUCGUUUUUCUCACUGGAAAUGUCCCUUUUCCGGAAGGAACCGGAGGAGCAGUUUACUUCAGUUGGCCCGAUCCGAAUGCGCCUCCGAAUUGGCAGUUCCUCGGCUAUAUUUCCAACCUCAAACCCUCGGCGAUUUUCAAGAUUAUGAACUUGAAGAAAAAUCACGAAUUUGAAAAUAUAAACGACGGAAUUUUUGGUGUUGGAAAAAUCUCCCAUGUCGCGCAGAUUGGUAUAUCAAUUGAGCCAUUAAAUGUUAUUGAAUCCCAAGCAAAUGCGCUCGUAAAUGCGACAGUGAAUGCUACUACGAACUCGUCCAUAGAAUUUGCUCAGAAAAUGUUGACUAGUUUUGUAAAUUACAUUUCCAGCUUUUCUGUGACACAAUCUCAAAUGACACCGAACCCCACUGAAAACUUCGUACCUCUUUCCUCUGUGCAAGGCUGGUACGAAAAAUUCGAACGCAGAUUACAACAAAAUCCCAAUUUUUGGAGACAGUUAUGAUAAAUCAUAGAAUUAACAUUUUUCAAAUGAUCCUUGCAUCAUAAUUUAUGUGUUCAUUCAUCAGCAUUGUCAUUUUGAAAAUUGCACUGUAUCUGUCAACUUUCGAUGUAAUUAAGUUCGGAUUUUGUCGUUUUCUUACAUUGUUACAAUAAGCAAUUUCUGUAUAUAUAAAUGAAGCUCAACCGUGUUUAACUACAUUUAUCAUAUGUCCUCAAUCUCAUAGAAAUUCAUAAUUGAAUGAAAAAUAAAAGUGUUAAAAAUACAAUUCA